AUGAUUCCCGGUCAUAUCUCCCACUAUGCUGUCGCCAUCCUGGCCGCCCUAUCCGCCGCUGUAGACGCUAAGGCUUGCAAGGCACGCCACCACCACCACCACCAAGGCAAGCCUGCGGAUAACUCGACCGCAUCCGUAGCCCUACCACCCCAGACAACGCCUCCUCCUUCCGCCACCACUUUGGCCACUUUCGUCCAGGCCUCGAUGCAACCCUCCCAGGCGAACGCCGCCGAGUCCCCCGCCCUGACCUCUUCCAGCAACCCCUUGAACGCUGGGGCAGCUUCCACCACCAUGUCGUCGUCGGCGGUUGCUGCCCUGCAGACAUCUUCGAGCGAGACUUUCAUCGGCCUGGGCACUCGCUACGGCGGCAGCUGCACCGAGAAGGACUGCUGGGAGAACGGUGCCUGCAGCUUCGUUGGCUACGACCUGCCCGCCGGCAUUGACGGGUCGACCUGCGUCUCGGACGAUAUCUGGAACAACGGUGCCAACUGCGGUGGCUGCAUCUCUGUGACUUACCAGGGCAAGACUCUCACGAUCAUGGUCACCAACCGCACCGGCGGCAACGCGACUCACCUCGACAUGACUCCGGACACCUGGGCCAAGCUGACCAACGGGAACCCCGGCGGCGGCGUCAACGGCAUCGAGUGGGAAUGGAUCACCUGCCCGUUCGCCGACUCCACCCCCCUCCAGGUCCACAUGCACGGCGGCGCGUCCCAAUACUGGUUCGCGGCCAUGAUUGAGAAUGCCACCCUCCGGACCAAGAAGCUCGAGGUCAGCAGCGACCAGGGCGCCACCUGGAAAACGGCUACCCUCCACGACCCCAAUAUGUGGGAGAUCACCGGCACGCUUCCUAGUGCCACCUGCUGGGUGCGCGUCACGAGCGUCAACGGCGUUGAGGUCGUUGUCAAGGACGUCGUUCUCCAGUCUGGCAAGAUUACUAAAGCUACCGAGAAUUACUGA